CUAGGUCAGCGCAGAACAUUGAGUAGAGUUCCCUGUGCUAUACAGCAGGUUCUCAUUAGUUAUCUGUUUUAUACAUAGUAGUGUAUAUAUGUUAAUGCCAGUCCCCCAAUUCAUCCCACCCUCUUCUUUCCCCCCUUGGUGUCCAUACGUUUGUUCUUUGCAUCUGUGUCUCUAUUUCUCCUUUGCAAACAGCUUCAUCUGUACCAUUUUUCUAGAUUCCACAUAUAUGCAUUAAUAUACAGUAUUUGUUUUUCUCUUUCUGACUUACUUCACUCUGUAUGAGUCUCUAGAUCCAUCCACAUCUCUACAAAUGACCCAACUGCGUUCCUUUUUAUGGCUGAGUAAUAUUCCAUUGUAUAUAUGUACCACAUCUUCUUUAUCCAUUUGUUUGUUGAUGGACAUUUAGGUUGCUUCCAUGUCCUGGCUAUUGUAAAUAAUGCUGCAGUGAACAUCAGGGUGUGUGUGUCUUUUUGAAUUAAUGGUUUUCUCAGGGUAUAUGCCCAGUAGUGGGAUUGCUGGAUCAUAUGGUAGUUCUACUUUUAGUUUUUUAAGGGCAGUUCAUACUGUUCUCCAUAGUGGCUGUGUGGAGAAAAGGGAACCCUCUUGCACUGUUGUUGGGAGUGUACAUUGUUUUUCUUUUUUAGUGAACCGCCGUUGCUGUUUUAUCACUUUAAAAAGUACCAUUAAAUUUCAGUUUUCCCAGGAAGUGUAUUUUCUGAAAAAGAGCUCCAUUAAUUAACUAAUUGUUGCUGUCAAGUUUUGCUGUCAAGUUAAGAGUGUAUCAUCGGAGACGUAGUGCGGUGCACGGGUUGGGUAUGAACUGCUGGCUCAUAUCCAGCUGUAGGACCUUGGAGCUCUCCAUCAAGGUCGUUCAUCCUAAAGCCGAGAGAGUAACAGCACCUGCCUCCUAGCCUUGGUGCCAGGAGACAUCAGUUAAAGUACAGAAUGUGCUUAGAACCAUGCCUGCCCGAUAGUAAUCAGUACAUGUCAGCGAAGACGUUAGGCUGUGGUACAUGUAGUAUGUGGUCACCUCCAGCUGAUUCUCGCGAUUCAUGCCACAGAUACAAUUGGCGAGAACGUGCGGGUGAUUCAGACCCUGAGGGCCUCACGGGUCAGCGGGUGUUUUCCCAGGUCCUCUUUCUCUGCUUAGUGGGCCUUUCUCUUUACAGCACAGUCAGCAUCUCCGCUGCCUUGGGAGGAUGUUUCUCUCUGGGUCGUAGGUGGUUAUUGUGUGACAGACGUUGUGAGUCUUGGUAGUUUUAUUGAAAACUGCAUCCUGCUGGUCUAGUUUUCCCGGCCUCUGCCUGACCUUCCGGCCUCAGUUUCCACCUAUGUGAAAUAAGGUUUUCGUACCCAGAAAAACAAAAAAACAAAAAAACCCUCUUCUAAUGCUUCUCCCAGCUCUAAUGCUCAUGCUGCAGUUCUCUUUUCUCUUGUACUGAGCACUUGCUCAUUAGUUCAGACUGAAAAAAGUUUCGAAAUAUCGUGAAUUCUCUACUUAUUCAGCAGUACUCAACUAUUUACAAAACUAAUGUGUAACAACUUAAUACUGUUUUGCUGUUGAGUCUUUGCUUCUAAAAAUGCAUUAAUCCUGAAUUACGUGUCUGCUCGAGUUGUAUCCCCUGUUGCUGCUGCUGUUUUCCGUCUGUACAGCGAGUUUUUUCACAAGCCGGCCUUUCUGCCUCUGUCUCUGUGUGUGCUAAGCCUUGCACACCUGGUGGGAGGGAGGGUCCCCGUGUGAAUGCUACUCCACGACCCCUCAUGGAGUCUCAGGGAGGGACGGGUGGGUUUCACGGGGACGUGGGAAGGAGCCCCUAGGAUCAGACGUCACCCAUCCUGCAGAGAACGAGUAAAGCUUCCCGGCGGGUGGGGUGGUGACAGCAGCCUCGCGUGCCACCCUAGUGCUGUUCUGUGGCCGUGAGCUACGAAAACCAUUCUGUUUUCAGGCUUCUGGGUCUCACAAAUGCUGCCGAGGGGUAAGGGGUCUGUGUCUGCACCGCGUGAACACCUGAGGGGAAGGGCGCCUUCUGGUUCAUUCCCUCCCUGCCGCUCUCUGCUCCCCUUCAGCGGGGGCCCCCCCAGCUGCCUCAUCCAGAAUCUUCACCCUCUCCCCACCUGGCAGGCCUGCCGUCCUCCUUAGUCACAGCCCUUGGCCCUCGGCGCCGUGCGUCCCGCGCGUCCUCAGUCGGCACAGCCGUCGUCCCCCUCGCUGGCAGGUGGCAGUGACAGCCAUGAGUGGCAUAAACUAAUUAUGGUUCACCACUGGCCUGCGACAGUGUGCAAGGAAGUUAAGGACCACUGCAAAGACCCCCCAGAUUACUGGACCAUCCACGGAUUAUGGCCUGAUAAAAGUGAAGGAUGUAACCGAUCCUGGCAUUUUAAUCCAGAAGAGAUCAAGGACCUCUUGUCAGACAUGAGGAUGUACUGGCCCGAUCUGCUGCAUUCGUCUCCUAACCGCAGCCUCCAUUUGUGGAAGCAUGAGUGGGAGAAGCACGGGACCUGUGCCGCCCAGCUGGAAGCCCUCAAUUCCCAGAAGAAAUACUUCGGCAAAAGCCUGGAUCUGUCUAAGGAGCUUGCCCUGAACAGCACGCUCCAAAAAUUGGGGAUAACACCGUCUACUUACUACCAGAUUUCAGAUAUUAAAGAUGCCCUUGUCAGUGUGUACGGAGUCGUGCCCAAAGUCCAGUGUCUUCCAAAACAGGGCGACGAGGAGGUGCAGCUCCUUGCGCAGAUUGAGGUGUGCUUCUCCAAGGACCUGCAGCUGCAAAACUGCAUGGAACCCGGGGAGCCGGCGCCCCGAGGGCCGGAAGCGAGGCCGGCGGCGAGCCUGGGGCUGGAGAUCUGCAAGGACGGCGUCCUCUUUUACCCCGCACUCAACAAGACCAAUCACUGAUGCCCACAUUUUGUAAAUAGUCUUUAUUUUGAAAAGCAAGAGGAAUUGACAAACCACUGCUUUUUAAAAAGCAACUCUGAAGUGAAAUCUCCUGUUUACAACCUCCUUUACCUAAGCCUGUUCUGUUUGUUUUGCUUUGCACUCCGUGUCUGGGAGUUGAUUUUCAUGGUACAUGUAAAGAUGGGAUGAACAUUGGGUACGUUGAAAGGGAGGAAAGUUCCCCGCCUCUUGGCUGCUUUGUGACUGCAGUAAAGCUUAUGGUUUUCUUUUUCUCUCCUUUAUCAAUCUCUGUGACAGCCUUGGAAGACAAAUCUGGGCAGAUGGUACCGAUUCAGGAGAACUCUCUCCUGUGUCCCUCUCAGUGAGCUGUCUUCUCGCUCUGAAUACUCCUGAGGGGCCGUUAGGACCAUCCCUCGAGCAGGAGCCCGGGCCGCCUCGCAGGGGAUGCACAGGAGGGCGUCUCCACUUCCGACCUCAGGGCUGCCGGCUCCUGUUCCGUGGUCACCCACCAGCGUCCCCCUCGGUGACCUGGCAUGGGUGGGCAUGGGCGUGUCCUCUGAGGGUGAGAUGCUCUGUGGGGGGGGCGGGGUGGGGGGGCGGGGUGCUGCAGGCUUCUCUCUUCUCGCCAGAGGAAAUCUGGGUGCAUGACCGAGUGCCAGCCAGCACCCCCAGUCAGUGGGUACUCCUCCCUGCAGACCAGAAAUGCUGUAGGUCAGUCUGUAUCUGCUUUCCUUUCCUUCUGUCGGAAGGCAGCAUCAGGCCUUAGAGCGCUGGGGCUGACGUGGCCCCAGGGGCGGGCUGCAUCCUUGGGUAGUGAUGCCGGUGACAGGGCUUGUCUCGGAGAUGAUGCGAGUUCCAGGCUCAGGUGGGCUGCUGCACGCAUGGUCCUUACCUGCUGAAUGGCAUUUCACCUGUAAAGUGAGGAUACCUAAAGUGGUCUGUGAAGUGGACUUUCUGUGCUUUAUUAAAACUACCUUUUAACAUUA